UUAAGCUACGUUCAUCGACGGGGCACAAGUGAAACUGCAACUUCGCGUGAUUGAAGUAGCUGCGAGCCUUUUCGUUCCACCAAUCAUUUGUUAGGGGUUCUGACGAUAAUCCAGAGAAAUUGACGUAGAGAGGAGAAGAAAACGACUAAAUUUUGACGGUCUGAGAUCUCUCUCUCUUUCUCUCUGUGUAUGUGCGCGCGCUCUUGUUCCUCUUUCCCUUUGUUCUCCGUGGCUCAGUGAGUUGGGGUGAGGAGGCGGAAGAAGGAAAAGGCGCCUCGUUUUUCCUCUUUCUUUUGCUCGGUCGAUCGAUUUCUUUGGAAUGAGGAGCAAAUCUUUCUGUGAUGCUAUGGUGCAUGCUUCUAAGAUUGGUGCACUAUAACUGGAGCCUACACAUAAUACGUGAUCUAUCUGGGGGCUUUUUAUCGUUUAUAUGAAGUAUGAAUCUCAUUAGACUUUACAUGACCACAUGGACCAAGCCGGUGCAGCUGGGACAUGCGAGUUUGGUGAUCAAACCACAAGUGAUGUCACUGUUCGCUUGAGAAGCAGAGAUGGGAGGCCAGAGUGGUUCCACUGCCACUCAUUCAUUUUAAUGAAAAAGAGCAAGUUCUUUGCACACUGGCUUUCUAAACAUCCUACUUAUCCAAGUCCUGAAUCUAAUAACUGCAUUGAAGUGCACUGUCCAGGAUCUGAGUUUGAUCAUUAUGUUAAGCUCUUGAAGCUAAUCUACCUCUCUGAAGAGACAGUUUCAGACUCAUGGGAUUCUGUAAAAUCCUCCCUUGGUGUUCUCCGAGCUUCCAUUGCUCUUCAAUGUGAAACAAUCACCAAGAGCUGCAUCCAGUACUUGGAGGCUGUGCCAUGGGAUGAAAAGGAAGAGGAGGAAAUUUUAAAAGUCAUUCCAAACUUAGGUCCAGAAGCCAUGCCCAUACUGGCACGGGUCCAACCUGUUGACACCAGUGCCACAAAGAAUGUUUUCAUCUCUGCAAUUCGCUUCGCUACAACCAUUGAAAAUUCAUUUCCUCCAUUGGCAGAUGAGCUGAAGACUUCUGCUCAGGAGCAAGUAGACUACAUGCUUCUAGAGGAUGAAGAAACUCCAUUGAUAGCAGUGGAUGAUGAUGUGAAAUACGAAGCAAGGUCAGGCCUUGCGAAGAUGUUCACUAAUUUUGAGAAGAGACUAAGUUUGCUGCCCUCUGAGUUUGAUCAGUCGCCAGAAGCGGCGGAGCAGAGACUCUUGCAGAGCCUGUCGGACCUCGAGUGGAUCUGUAACAUACUACCAAAAAUGGAAAUGAUGAAGGAUUUCGUUUCUGGCUGGGCUUGCAUAUCUGAUCAUGUGCUUGCAGUGGUUCAAGAUGAGAAGUACAGCUCUGGCUUGUGGGCUAUCAAAGCAAAGCUGAUAGAAGUGACAGGGAAGGCUCUGGAUGCCAUCGGGUAUGGGAAUGUGGUUCUUCCAGCACCAUCGAGAGUCCAAUUCCUCAAGACAUGGCUACCUUAUAUUAGGAAGUUGAAGCCCUUGUUGGAUUCAAAGAGUGCCGAUGAUGAAGCAUUUCCUUUCAAGAUGGACAGCGAUCUGUGCCAGAAUAUAGAAGGGGCUAUCACCUCACUGGUGCUUGCAUUGCCAUCAAAUGAUCAGGCAGACAUACUCAUGGAAUGGAUGCAGAGGCCUGAGCAGCUGAAAUAUCCUGAUCUGAGUGAGGCAUUUGAAGUAUGGUGUUAUCGGACCAAAUCAGCAAAGCGGAGGUUGGUGGUGGGUUUUAAAGGAAUAGACAACCCAACCAUCAGCUUCUGAUGACUCCAUUUCUUAAUUUUCUAUCAGUAGGAGAUUUUAGUUGAAUUCUCAUUGUUGUAAGUUGCAACAGAUGAUAGCCUGUCUUGUCUAAAUCAAUCAUGGCUUUUUAUUUAAAGCAUGUUUUGAGGUAACAGUACUUCUGAAGAACUAAGUCUCGAGCACAUGGUUCAAACUUCUGAAUCUGCUAUUAAAAUGUGAUGGCAAGCUGCUUCAACUAAGGGCAGAUUUUGAUA